AUGCUCCCCUUGCUCUCCCAUUUCUCUCUCUCGCCUUUCCCCUCUCCUCCCCUUCGCCUCUCUUGCUCGCAGUGUCCCAGCCAGAAGGGAUGCUUCGCCAAGGGUGACUUCUGCGACGGGGUGAAGAACUGCGCCGACGGCAGCGACGAGUGGCCCUGGCUCUGUAAUUUCGACAUGGACUGCGGCGCCCUCAACGCUACUCACGUGCUCUGUCCAGAUGCCCCCAGCGUUUGCCUUUUGCCUGGACAAUUCUGCGAUGGAAAAACUGACUGCCCGGACUCACUGGACGAGAACCCCAAGUUCUGCGCGAAUUUCACCUGCCCGAGAAACAACAUCCGUUGCCCGGGGCUCAACAUGUGCAAGCCAAACGGAACCCUCUGCAACGCGGUGCCCGACUGCCCUGCGAAAACAGCUGGUGGCAAACCAGUGGACGAGGACCCGGCGUUCUGCAAGCCAUACGUGUGCCCCAAGGGAUUCUCCAAGUGCAGCGACAAAGUGCAGUGUGUGGAUGACGUGCUGCGGUGCAACGGCGUUGCCGACUGCAAAGGUGCGUCUCUCUGGAUUACGUGUUUUCUAGAGUCGCCGCAAAACAACCAGGAGGGUGUGAAUCACGUGCUGACGUGUAACGGCGUUGCCGACUGCAAAGAUGGGAGCGACGAGGACAGAUGUGACAUUCCACCCGCGCCCCCCAAGCCUACACCCCCCAAGGGCCCACCCACGGCGCCCCCAAAGGCUCCCCCCAAGGCCCCGCCCAAGGCUCCUCCCAAGAAGACUCCUCCCAAGGCCCCACCCAAGAAGACUCCCAAAACCCCACCCAAAUCUUCUAAACCCCCACCCAAAUCUUCCAAAGCCCCCCCAAAACCUAACUUCAUUCCAAGGGCUAAGACCAGCAGCGCACAACGCGCCGCACUCGGCGGCGUGAAGCAUCGCCGUUUUCACCCAUGGCCCUCGCGACCCACCACGUGUGCCUUUGCCUGCUGCUGCUGGCACUCCUCGUCGCGGCGAGCAGCUCGCAGGGGGUUCCUGGCAGCAGCGUUGACCCCUGUCCCGGCGCAAACCAGUUCCCGCCUCAACUCACCUGCGCCUGGCCUGCUCCUGAAACCCUUCCCCACCUCCUCUUUCUUCACCUUCCUUUCUCCCCGUCAUGCUCUCUCCUCCCCUCUCCUGACUUCUUUCCUCUGCCACUUCCCUCUCCUCUCCCAUCAACUUUCCCCACCCUCCCAUCAACUUUACCCACUCUCUCAUCAACUUUCCCCACUCUCCCCUCUCCUCCCCGUGCCCUCCCCUCUCCUCUCCUCCCCGCACCCCGCUCUCCUCUCCCCCCUUCGCCUCUCUCUGCUUCUCCCCUCUUCUCUCCUCCCUUCGCCUCUCUCCCCUCCCCACAGAGUGUCCCAGCGAGGCGGGUGCCCCAGCAAGGUGGGAUGCUUUAGCUGCGGCGACUACUGCGACGGGGUGAAGAACUGUGCAGGCGGCAGCGACGAGUGGCCAACCGCCCAUGCUCCCCUUGCUCUCCCACUUCUCCCUCCCCUUGCAUCACAGUGUCCCAGCAAGGUGGGAUGCUUUAGCUGCGGCGACUACUGCGACGGGGUGAAGAACUGUGCAGGCGGCAGCGACGAGUGGCCAAGCGCCCAUGCUCCCCUUGCUCUCCCACUUCUCCCUCCCCUUGCAUCACAAUGUCCCAGCAAGGUGGGAUGCUUUAGCUGCGGCGACUACUGCGACGGGGUGAAGAACUGUGCAGGCGGCAGCGACGAGUGGCCAACCGCCCAUGCUCCCCUUGCUCUCCCACUUCUCCCUCCCCUUGCAUCGCAGUGCCCCAGCAAGGCGGGGUGCUUCAGCAAAGCUUCGACAUGGACUGUGGCGCCCUCAACGCCACUCACGUGCUCUGCCCGGACUCCCCCAGCGUCUGCAUCCUCCCCGGGCAGUACUGCAACGGAAAAAACCGACUGCCCGGACGCGCUCGACGAAAAACCCGAGUUCUGCGCGAAUUUCACCUGCCCGAGAAACAGCCUCCGCUGCCCGGGGCUGAGCAUGUGCAAGCCGGGAGGCACGCUGUGCAACGCUGUUCCCGACUGCCCGGGAAAAACUGCUGGGAGUGUGGCGGUAGAUGAAGAUCCGGCCUUCUGUCGGGGGUAUACCUGCCCGAAGGGGUUCUCUAAGUGCAGUGAUAACCUGCAGUGUGUGGAUGAUGCAUUGCGAUGCAAUGGGGUGAAGGAGUGUAAGGAUGGGAGCGACGAGGUGGGGUGUGACAAGUGGAACUGCACUAAGGGGUUCCGCAAGUGUAAGGACCAGCUGCAGUGCGUGUCGAAGCUCAACUGGUGCAACAAGGCUGUUGACUGCAAAGAUGGUUCUGAUGAAGCAUCCUGCCCGCCGUCAACCACGGCGGCUCCUAUCCUGCCCGACAGGCUUAUCGCUUUUGGUAACACACUGUUUCUUAGAGUUCUCAAGAACAGACCACUCCGUUUCCGUCGCGCAAUCAUGAGAAAGGCCGCUUCAGGGUCGGACUCGUUCGUCGUCACGCGUCGCCAGGCGUUCGCAUGCCUCGUCGUCCUCUUCGCCACGAUGCUUUCCCUCUCCGCGAUCUCGCACCGCCUCGGCCACGCCUCCGGGUUCCGCGCCGCGCAACUCAGCCUGCCGAUUAACUCGCACUUAGCAAACACCGCGUCCGUCGCAGGCGAGGGGGUAUCGAGUUUCCAGCGCGGCGAGAUUGCGCCGAAUGUGAUUACAACGGGCGAGGGGAAUCCGUGCGGGGAGAUCGCGAGCCGGCAUGGUGCCUGCGUGGCGCCGUGUCAGCGGCGCACCAAGGCGGGUUAUUGCGUGUCGGAGAUGCUUCGGCUUUACGACGAGGCGUACGCCCCCCUGUGGCCGGCCCGGGUGGACCUGCUGGUGCGCAGCCACGUGUCAGAUGCUUACUUUCUGAUGGAGGUGCUGUUCAGGAGCAUCGAGCAGAUGUGGCCACGUGGCAUUGGUGACGUCAUCCUGGUGCUGGACGAGGGCGAGAGCGUUGUCAGGGACCUCGUGCCGCCCUGGGUCAAGGUGUACUACGAGAAAAACUAUCUCGAUCUUCCAGGGAAGAUCCUCCAGCAGUGGAGCUACCUGUGGGCCGACAACUACACCACUGCGCCGUACAUUGCGAUUAUAGACGAUGACGUGGUCUUUAACCUCAAGGUGACGCCUGGUUUCCUGUUCAACCUAACAGAUGGCAAGCCGUUCGUGAUUGGAUCGCGCAACGCGCAGCGCAACAACUGGCUGCCGUCCACUCGCUGGCUCGUGGGGCAGCAUUCUUACUUUGCCAACUUCAUGGUGCAGCUGCCCUUCGUUUUCCCAAGAGAUGUGCUGCCGAAAUUUAGGGAGCAUGUGGGGGAGUUGCAUCGGGACAAGUUUGGGAAGAGCUUCGACAAGCCCUUCAAGUACUUUGCAGAGCGCGGCCCAAAGUUUGAACGGACGCAGAUUGCCCACACGACUCUGGGCAACUACAUGUGGGCCUUCACUCAGGACGAGGUGCACUGGGCGUUAGAAUGGACCGACCACAUACCCAUCCCUCGUGUGGGCGCCCAUAUCUCCUACUCCUGGCCGUUCAGAGAGGCCACCAACCACACCGACAACAUGCCACGAAUCGUCAAGGCUUACAUAAGUGUUUCCGGCCAAUCCCAGUCUCCUGCUCUUCCCUCCACAUGGAAUCAAGCCCGCUGUCGCCCAUCUCACUUUCCCGCUCUCCCCUCCUCCACGCAGCAGCAAACACACAAUCUGGGAGCCGCAAUCCCCAAGGUGAGAUAG